GUUUAAAAUGGCUGCCGAUAGUUGAUUAGCGAUAGGCAGUCAAAAUGAAUAUAAACUUGGAUUUACAACAAAACUACAUGGAACUUAAGUAAAAUAACAUAAUAUAUAUACAAUGUAGAUAGUAAACCAAACUUUUGCUGAUCAAGAAGUAUGUCGGUGGUGUAGUUUUUGCGAAAGGAGACCACAAAGAGAAAAGCAAGGAUAUAGCAAUAUGUCUUCAUCAAGCAGAGAUACAACCCCAACACAGUUUGAUGACACUGAAGCAAUGUCUACUAGGGCUACCAGGAGAGAUGGUGUUUCACCAGUGCCAAAGAAAAAGAGUCGUAAGCCAAAGAGUAAAGAAGGAACCCCAGAGACGUCAUCUAGUGAUACAGUAGAACUGCUUCCCCAGGAUACUGAAUCAUUAGAAGAUGCCCCAUCACAAGCUGAAGAUAUCAUGGAUGUAUGUCCCGAUGAUGUGAACACCUUGCAUUCAGCGGGUAGUUCAAGGGCUUCCACUCCUGGCUUUGCUCCACCAGCUCCAGUUGAGAGGCUUGCCUCAGAAGACUCUAAUCAAUCUGGUGAACCAAUGUUUGAACACUCUGAUAAGAUCUGCUCCCUGUGUAAUCUGGGUGCUAGGAGCCUGUUAGGCCAAGGUGAUAUAGGCCGCUAUGAGCCCACGAAUAACUUCAACCCAUUUAAAAAACAAGCUGCUCUUAAGCGACGAAGCUCAGGAGAAAAUGAUAGCGAUAAACCUGAUAAAAGCCCUAAGCCUCUUACAUGGAGGAGAAAUAGGGGUCCCCUUAGAUCCAAUAGAGAAAGAAGCAAAUCUCCUCGGAGACCAAAUCCCCAUGCUACAACAGAUGAUGGCCGGCCUUGUGCCAUCGUUGAUGAGCUGUCUGUGGUAGGUUUCAAGGAAGAUGUUGACAUUCAUGAUCUCUAUGAGGAGUCCAGCCACACCUGGGCUCACCAUUGUUGCGCUGCAUGGUCCGAGGGAGUCAUCCAGGCCGAGGACUAUUCCCUACAGUUCGUUGAUAAAGCCGUUUUUGCUGGUAUGAGCCAGAAAUGCAAUUAUUGUCGGCGAUUUGGUGCUACCAUUUUAUGUCGCUAUCCCAAGUGCAAUAAGAAAUAUCACUACCCCUGUGCAUCUGCUGGGGGGUGCUUCCAAGACAUCAAGACACUGUCCCUUCUCUGUCCCGAACAUACUGACCAGGCUGUCAGCAUAGCUGGAGAAGAAGCCAAUUGUGUCGUAUGUGAUCUCCCGGGAGAUAUCGUAGAGCAGCUGUUCUGUACCAGCUGUGGUCAGCACUAUCAUGGAACCUGUCUCGACCCCACUGUGGAAACUAACCCUGUCGUGAGAGCGGGUUGGCAGUGCCCGGAAUGUAAAAUCUGUCAGACAUGCAGGCAACCAGGGGAUGACAAUAAAAUGUUAGUGUGUGACAUAUGUGACAAAGGCUAUCAUACAUUCUGUCUCAAACCAGUCAUGACAACUAUACCAAAGAAUGGUUGGAAGUGCAAGAAUUGUCGUGUUUGUGGUGACUGUGGGUCUAGGACACCUGGGUCAGGGCCCAGUUCUAGGUGGCACCUCAACUACACUGUAUGUGAUAGCUGCUAUCAGCAGAGGAACAAAGGUCUCUCCUGCCCUAUGUGUGGCAAAGCUUAUAGGCAGUUUACACAGAAGGCAAUGGUCAUGUGCACUGGCUGUAAAAAACAUGUGCACUCAGACUGUGAUGAGACCAUUGAUGAAGCUGUCAUUAAGAAGCAGCAGACUGAUGGCAUAGAAAACAGUGAUUAUUCAUGUCCUGUGUGUAAGAAUGGAAAUCCUAUGAUGCCCAUGGAUGUAGAGGAGAGCAGUAAUCUGAGCAGCAUACACAGUGGUGUCAUAGAGGAACUGGACAUGAAAGAAGAUGUGGAAGAAAACACACUGAAACCGGAUGGAGAUAGUAGCUCUGUACAUGAUGACACAGGCCAAGAGGACAUCCUCCAAACAUCCCAGGAUUCAUUGCCUGUUGAUGAAUCUUCAAUGAAUAUGGAUGUGGAUCAAGAAAAGGUUUGCCUGGCAGAGGGAGAGAAGAGUGAGGAUGGGAGUAGUCCCCUCUUACCCCCAGGUCCAGGCAAGGGAAAACCUAUGGGUAUGGGCUUACUGAAACGCCCAAGUGGGCGACCCAGGGGAUCAAAAGGUAAAAGUAUAGGUAAGAAAAACCAGAAACGAUCUGCAGCAGUUGUUGCCCCUGUUGAGCGUACUAAGCGAUCAGCACGAACAAAAGCUCCACCACGAACGUCAUUCUCAACGAACACUGAUAUAGCUGCAGUUGUAGCUGCCAUAGAGAAGGCUGGACCCCCAGAUAAAGUGAAGGAUGAGGACCAUCUAUCGACAGUGAUAAUUUCACGAUUUGACGAUAGUUUUGUAUUAGAGCAGGACAUGUGUUAUGCAUGUGGCAGCUUUGGUAAAGAUGAGGAGGGAGAAUUGAUUAUUUGCUCCCAGUGUGGCCAGUGCUAUCAUCCCUACUGUGUCAGCAUUAAACUUAACAAAGUUGUCAUCAAAAAGGGUUGGAGAUGUCUGGACUGUACUGUAUGUGAGGGAUGUGGGAAGCCUCAUGAUGAAAGUAAGCUGCUGCUAUGUGAUGACUGUGAUAUAAGUUACCACAUUUACUGUCUGGAUCCACCACUUGACACUGUACCUAAAGGCAACUGGAAAUGCAAAUGGUGUGCCAACUGCACGAUGUGUGGCUCCACUUCGCCAGGUGUAGGUUGCAGCUGGCAGAAUCACUAUACAAAGUGUGGACCAUGCCACAGUCACACUAUAUGUCCAGCAUGCAGACGGGUCUACAAAGACGAAGACCUCAUCAUUCAGUGUACUCAUUGUGAUAGGUGGCUCCAUGCAUUAUGUGAUGGCUUAAAGAAUGAGGAGGAAGCAGAGAUCGCGUCAGACAUGGGCUACCAGUGUUUGUAUUGUCGAUCAAUCACAGGCCAUCCAGGACCAUUACCCCCUCCCCCACCUAGCCCAGAGCCUAUACCAGAAUCUCCACCUCCAGUCCCAAGGGAGCCUGAGAUCAUCCGUAAACACAUCAUCGUAGAUGGCGUGGUGCUCACUGAGAGUGGGAUGGGUCAGAUACGUAGCAUUACAGUCAAGCCACCAAUCAGGAGACGGCAAAAAUUAACUCCUGAUGCUCGAAAAAAUCCUCAGAUUCCUACCUUGAUGGGUGUUGCACCUGUUGAGAGGGUGCCAUCGAUUGAUGGCUCUGAGCCACCAGUUAAAGAUAUUGAUGAUGAGUUUAAGUUCAAGGAGUCUGAUGGUGAAGUGUCCCCGACCAAGAAAGGAGAAUUCCCUAUAUCAGAAGGAAUGGUGGUCAAAGCAAAGCAGAAACGUCGUACUCACAUCGGCCUAGGUAUAGGUGGUUUUAAAGUGAAGCCUAGAUAUAGGGCUGGUCUCUUGGGGAAGGCAUUGCCUCUGAAGCCAGGCCAGGCUACAGCACUGCCCAUUCAGCCAACAAUCCCAGAGGAGGGUGAAAUGAUAGAAGGCGAGAUAAGGCUGCCUGAAGGACAGUUCAGUCCAAAUGACCCACUAAAGAAGCCUGUGAGAAAACGUCGCCCUAAACGACGCAGCCAGUUGGAGGAUAACUACCCAUCAUACCUUCAGGAAGCAUUCUUUGGCAAGUCCACACUAGACAACACCAAGUCAACUGAAGAUAUGAUUGCCUCAGAAGAGCUUGAAGCAUCUACAGGUGGUUCACAGAGUGAUAAAGAGGACAGCUUUAAGCAGGCCCUCUCUAGUAUAGUCAAGCAGGUAGCAGCAGAGAAAGCUGCCGAGAGAGAACGCAAGAAGAAAGAAGAGGAAGAAGCACAUAAUCUAGAUGAUGGAGAUUUGAAAGAUAUCCUCCCAUUGCCUGGUGACCUUGAGCUGCCCCAUGAUGAUGAACUGAUGAAGAUGAUAGAAGAUGAGGACCUCCAGUCAGGGGAACCUUUAGAUGCUCCAACCAACAGCCAGCAGCACAGGGAGGGUGAUUCCAGCACUGACAAUCUCGACCAGAUGUUGAACCCAACUUUAGACCUGGGCAAGAAUGUUGAUAUGAUCUUGAAUGAAGGGUUGGCUAACAUAGACACUAAAACAAUGGAGGACCUGUUCAAAGGAGUCCUUACCCAUGAUUCUGUGCUUUCAACCAGCCCUGGCCUUGGGCCUGGUAGCUUCCCCCUACCCCCAGUAUUGGACACAGAUCAGCAACAAGCACCCCAUGAUUCAUUAAACUUACCCCCACAUACUACCCCACCACAGGCUCCUCCCCUUGGGGUGCUAUCUAGACAGGGAAGUUUUGAACCUGGAUCAGCCACCCCACCAAAUGGAGGUCCCCUCCCUGCCAUGCAUCAAAGUCUGUCUGAGGGGGACAUGGGUAGGAUACAGCAUCCAACCACUCUACCCUCAUUCAGCAACAUGCCACCACCCUCACCCUAUGGAGAAGUUGGCACGUCUGGCCAGUUCAGCCCAGGCUUUGCAUCCCCAAGGGUUGGCGUAUCUGAGGCUCCUUGGCCCACCACACAGGGAACUGGUGAUGAUACAGAGACUGAGCACAUCUCAUACAACAAACGAAACAUUAUGAAAUGGGAGAAAGAUGAACCACUUGGUGACAAGGCAACUAUCUCCCCCGUCUUAUAUGCCAAUGUUAACCAUCCAGAGCUAAAGACACAGUAUCCAGACUGGAGUGAGAGAUCAAAGCAUAUCGCUAAAAUAUGGCGUAAAGCUACUCCAGAUUCUAGGGCCCCAUUCUUGGCCAAAGCACGGGAAAAUCGUGCAAGCUUCCGACUGACGAGGGCCCAGAAGCUUGAUGGUGGAUCAAGGAGACGAACUAAAAAGGAACCAGCUGCUUCUACUAUCGGGGCAACCUCCCAGGGGGUAAGUGUACCCCCUCCGCCUCCUCCCCCUGUAGGCCCCCCACGUAUGCCCCCACUGGGGCUCAUGCAUGGAGAUGUUGGAAUGACGCCAGAGCAACUGAGUAUGGCAGAGCAGAAGGCCCUAAAGGAGCAAGAGCAGGAAAGACAGUGGAAGCAGCUACAACAGAUGAGGUCACAGAUACUACAGGAAAGACGUAAGGAGAUGGUUGUACGUAAGGAUGGAGACCCCCAAAGCACUCUGCCCAAUGAACAUCAAUCUCCACAACAUAGUCAACCUAACACUCCAGAUGGUAAACCUGGGACUCCUCUUUACCAGAGUCCUCACCGGGGUUCACAGCCAGGGACCCCUCAGCCAGGGACCCCACAGAUCCCUGGGUCCCCCAUGAUUCCCCCACCACCUAUGUUACCAACCCCGAGACCUUCUGACGAUGAGAAGCAAAAGCAGAGAGCAGUGCCACGUCAUCAAGACCCAUUCACUCAGAUACCCCCGAGGCCAAGUUCUGGUCCAUCUCAGCCGUACCCUCUUCCUGGUCCUAGGAUGGCAGAUCCAUUCAGCCAUAUGCUCCCCCAUAAUAAACGUCCUCACGAUUCAAGGACACCCCCAGCUGCAGGGUUAACAGGUGAGGCUCCUCCUCACCAGCCACCCAGGGCAUCAUCUGCAGGUUCAGCUGGUGUAAGUAUGCAGGAUAUAAGGCCAGGAACACCUUCCAAUCAGUCUCCCAGACCUGGGUCUAGUGAUCCAUUUAGUCUACAGCGCUCUGUAUCAUUACAAGAAGGGGUGCAGCACAGUCCAGGUGCCCACCCAGGACAUAUUCAUCCUGAACAUCCAUUCAGUACUUCCCCCAGGGGAGCAGGGGCUGAAUAUGCCCAGUCCCCUGGUACCCCUAAGACCCCCAUGGAUCCCUACGGGUCACCUGUUCCUGGAAAUCAGAGACCUAGACACCCACUGGAUCCCAGUCAGCAGGAGCUGGUCAGGCAGAAAUACAUGGAACAGGGAAUGAAUCCAGAAACCAGCUCUCCUUUGAAUAUCAAUGAUCCAAACUUGGCCAAGACAGAUGUUGAGAAACAGCACCUCAGGGAACUUCUAGCCAAGCAAAGUCUGCAGAGACAAAACAAAAAGAAAUUAGAGGAACAUGAACGGUUGUUGAGAGACCAGCCUCAGCCAGGUAUGCCCCCAAGACAUUGGGUAGGAGAAAGGGGACCUUCACCUAUGUUUAUGGAGGGUGGUGAUGUCCCAGCUAGACCUCCCCCAGGGUAUCCAGGUCAUCCUGUCCCACCCCCAGGUCAUAGAGGACCUCCCCCAGCACAGUUUUCACCACGGGCUCACCCAGGGGAGUUUGGACCAGACUUACGCCCCAGAGGUCCACCUGGAGAGUUUGGACCAGAGUUUAGACCAAGGGGGCCUCCUGGAGAAUUCCGACCAGAGUUUAGGCCCAGAGGCCCACCAGGAGAAUAUGGAGCUCAUAUGGUUAGGGGAGAGAGAUGGCCAGAGGGUCAAAUGGGUCGACCACCUCAUCCAGGUCAAAUGAGACCAGAAAUAGACCCAUUUAGGCAACAUGGACCAUAUGGUGAGCUUGGUAUGAGACCACGAUUCCCAGGAGAGCCCUGGCAUGGUGGUAGAGUCCCAUUUAGUCAACAUGGGAGCUUUUCUACUGGAGGACCUCCUGCACCAGUAAUGAGACACCCUGGACAAUCAAUGGCAGAUAUUAAAUCACAACAGAGCAUGACAGCAGCUGAGCGACAAAGAACACCAUAUCUUCAUAUGUUUACUGAACGCCUACGUCAGAACCAACACAGAAUGCCGCGCCCCGGUGGUCCAGCUGGGUCAGAUGGCAACCCCCUUGACCCCUAUGAUCAUCUUGUGCGUCAUCAGUCACCACAUGGACCCCAUGGGCAAUCAGGGUUCCCUGGACCCUACAGAAUGCCAACACCCCCUGGGAUGACCCCAAGGGAGGGUAGCACAGAGAGUCAGCCUGGUACCCCCCAGGCACAACCUUCUCCCCACCAACAGCCACCACACUCUCAGGCUAAUGAAGUGCCACCUAGUGGUGGAGCCCCCAGGCCUGAGGGAGGACGCAAGCCAGAUGAAGGGCUUGAAGAUCUACUGGCUGCAGAUGGCACAUUUAACUUACUAGAAUUUGCAGACCCUGAGAUUCAGAAAACACUCGUGGAAGACCAUGAUAAGAGUAUGUUUGAUGAACAUUUGGGAUUAAUGGGGGAAGAAGAACAAGGUAGCCAGGGCUAUCCUCCUAAAGCUUCUACUCCUAAACAUGGUAUACCUAGACCUGGCCUGUCUAAAACAGGAAUGCCUAAAGUAGGUGCUCCUAAAGCGGGUGUUUCUAAACCAGGUACACCAACACCAGGUACCACUAAACCUUCAACUCCUAAGCCUACUGGUACUACAGCUGAUCGAACCCCAAAACAAGCAACAUCCGCACCUGGGACUCCAAAGCAAGGAACCUCCAGACCUGCUACUCCUAAGUCAAGCUCCUCUAAACCAGGGACUCCCAAAAGCGAUAGUCCCAUACCUAUGCAGACUGAGCCUCCAGCUAAGGAACCUGUUUCAUCUGGUCAUGCCCAGUCAGAGCAGGAUUUAACUGAAAAGUCAGUAUCCUCCCCAGCAUUGUCUAAUACCAGUACAUCAUCAAGAAGAACAUCACAGGAUAGUGAUUUCCAGUCUAAAUUUCUCGAAUUCAGCAAGAAAAAGAAUGCAGAUGGUACUCCUGUUAAACUGGAGACUAUACCAUCAGCAGAUGUUAAUCAACCAAUUGACUCUAACACAGAGGAUUCCAAUAAUGAUGGUCAAGUAAAGAAUGAGCCUACAACUCCUGACAGAAAGAAAGAAGCUACCAAAAUGGUCACACGAUCAAAAUCUCCAAAGAAUAUUUCAAGAGCUUCAACUCCUAAAAAUAGCCAAGAUGAAACUGUUCCAGAUGUCAGUAAAGAAGAAACAGAUGAGACAACAAAGGUAGAGAAAGUUGAUCAAUUUGAUGGAGCUGGUGAUGAUAAAACUGAAGAAAAUGCACCAAGCGAUACCAAGAAUCAAUCUAAUGAAGACACUGGACAAACUAAUGAGCCUUCUGAAGAAACAUGCCUACCUAUUACUGAUACCAGUCAAAUUACAGUAGAAGACCCAAGUGGUCUAGGAAUGGGGUCAAAUGUUAUCCUUGAUCCUAGGCUGGAGGAUGUACCACCUGAGUGCCCUACUGCUCCUCCACCUGGGAACACUCCAGAAGCAACCAUUGCUGCCCCAUCUGAGGUGAAACCGACUGGCCCAGUUUCAGAAAAAUCAAUAGAAAAGCCUGCAGACAAAUUGCCACAGAUUCCAGUACCAACAGCAUUGCCUGCUGUGACUUUGCCUGCCUCGCAAGUUGGUGAACUGCCAAAGGUUCACAGUCCAGCACAAACUGAACAAAAUACUGCUCUCAGUCAUCAUGCACAAGCACCAUUUCAACCAGUUGUUUCAAUGGGGGGUAUGAGAUUGAGUUCAGCCACUACAUUGAGCCAACAGCCCAGUGCUGUCAGCUCUCAACUGUCUGAGAGUCAGGGCUUUGUUCCUCGGAGCACUGUGCAAUCGUUAACCCAGGCGGCCAUGUCAAUGCCAGCACAGCCUCUGGCUCAGGUUGCGCUCUCAACAGCAGCUGGCUAUGAGGCACUACCCCAUUCUGAAGGUGUUACAUCUAGUGAAGCUACUGGUCCUAGAUCCACACCUCCCAUGUCACAGUUGCCCAUUUACAGACCCCCUAUGUCAACACAUGGUGGGAAGCUCCCCACUCCUCCAGUCUCUAGUGGAAUGCCUGCCUGGCCAAUCCCACAUUCAACAAGUAGUCAACGUGGCCAUACACCUCCAUCCUCUCUUGGGAUGUCUUCCUGGCAUACACCUACAUCUUCAGCUGUUCAUAGAGUUGGAACACCUCCUGUGUCCAGUGUCCAGUCUCCACAGCACAUGUCUACUAGUGGGCAUCAUGUACCAGCCUCAAUGAGACAAAGUCCUAUUGCUGCUCAACAUGGAAGUCCACUUGCAACUGAUGGACACCAUCAGGUAUCUAUACCCUCCCCUAUGUCGAGUGGUGUUCCAGGUAUGCCUCAUGCUGUUCCAAUUGAUGCCCACACCCCACCUUCUGCUUCAGAGCUUGGUGCUGUUGCAUCAUCUGCUGCUACCCCACCAGGUAUGCCUGGGAUGGGACCAGUUGUUGGGCCAAGAAUUCCAAGGAUCCCUAGCCCACGUGGCCCUCCAAUGCAGCCAGGCAUGAUGCCCAAUACCCCAGCUAGUAUGGCUAUGAUGUCUAUGAGCCAACAGGCAACAAGGGGACAGAGGCCUAGACAUACAGGACCAGGUGGGCCAAAUAACACACCCUUAGAGCAGCUUACGUCACUCAGUGAGAGUCCUAUGGGGAGUCCUGGAGCUGGGAUGAGAGCUAUGAAUCCAGCCAUGUUCCAACAGCAGCAGCAAAGGCCUGGCAUGCCUCCAACCUCAAACUGGGUGCCAGGAAUGCCACCCCCCACUGCAGAGUCUAUGAUAGCCACAGAGCACAAGAUGCCCUCUCUUACACCAGGGCGAGAAGGUGGCCACAUACGUGUACUGAGACACCAAGGUCAAGAGAGUAUGCAGCCCCCUGGACAACAAUGGAUGCCAGGGAUGCCUCCACCAGGAAUGAUGCCCCCUAGGGGUGUACAUCCAGGUAUGCACCCACAGGGAAUGCCUAGGGGGGCUCCAUUUCCACCAGGGUCUAGACCACAGAGUAUGCCUCCCAGACCCGGAAUGCCCCCAAGACUCAGUAUGCCACCUUUCUCACAUCCUGGAAUGGCACAAGGAAAUCGAGCCACUAUGAGUCCAACACAUGGGCCACAAGGGACGGUCUCUAUGCCCUCUCCUGAUCCCAAUAUACCACGCCCUAGAAUGAGCACCUCUCCUGCAUCGAGUCUUACCAGAGGACCCUCUCCAAGACCAGCACCUAGUGCAGGGACACCAGAAACUCCUCCCAUGAGCACUGCAGAACAAAAAGAGAAAUUGGCACUGUUGAAAGAUCAGCCACUUUUGUUAGAAGACCUUCUUGAACAGGAGAGACUGGAGCAGGCACGUCAGGCUCAGCAACAGGCGAUGCUACAUAAGCAGGAUGGUUCCAGCCUCCUAACUGAUGCUGAUUUUGAUAAACUUAAAGUUGAUGUGAUGGCACCUGAUGGUCAAAUCCGACCACAAGGCCCACCUACAUCUAGUGGAGCCACACCCACAUCUGUACCCCAGACACAGGGUUCACAUGUAGCCACACCUACAAUGGAACAUCCUCCAAGAAUGCCACACCCUGGCCCUAUCCAGAUGCCAACAUCUAGGGAAAUGUCUCCACAUAAUUUUCCACCUGGGUUCCAAAGACCCCCAGGGCCAUUGCCCCCUGGUGUCUCAGGGGGUCAGAUGAGCCCCAGGGUGCCUUCACCCUUCCCCGCCUCCUCUGGUGUGAUGCACCCUCCAUCACACAGCCCUGCUAUGCAGUCACCAAACCUGAGACACCCAACUCCACCCCCUAUGCCCAUGCCUCCAGUUGAUGGUGAUAAGCAACAGACACAAAUGGAACAUGAAGAGUGGCUCACUAAUAACGCCACCAGGCUAACCAUGCAAAUAAAGUUCCUGGAACAACAACUAGGCAAGCAGAAGAAAUCAAAGAAACAACUUACAGCCAAGCAAAGACAGGCAAAGAAGAAUGGAAAUGAGCUGAGUGAUGUAGACGCUCGAGAGAUAGAGAGAGUCAACCAAGACAUCAGCCAGCUCAAUAAACAACUAGAACACUUCAGAAAACAACAACGAGCCCAUCAACAACUCAUACAGGAGUAUCGCUUCAAGCAACAGGAGCGCUAUGGAACACAAUGGAAUAACCCUGGUUCCAUGGGUCCUCCCCCAUCUCCCAUGAUGCCUCAUUCCCCAUCUACCAUGAUGCCCCAGUCCCCAUCUCCCAUGAUGCCCCAGUCUCCCUCCACCAUGAUGCCCCAAUCUCCUAAUCCCAUGAUGCCACAGUCUUCAAAUCCCAUGCUACAAUCUUCCACACCCCACAUCGUUUCCCAGUCCCAGGUGAGUCCUAGAAUCCCUGGCAGUAGUGCUCCCAUGCGGAUGUCCCCUAGUGCCAAACAGGAGUAUGAUGCAUACAUGCAGAAGCGACUGGGCAUGGUUGGUGGAGCGCAAGGUCCACGUGGCCCUCUCCCAGCAUCUAUUAUAGCAGCUUUUCAUGAGGAAUUCAUGCAACAAAAAAUGGGUUGGCCACGUCCUGGGGGCCCUCCCCCUCAAGGCCCGCCCCCUCAAAUGAUGGGCGGGUCAUAUGGGAUGCACCCCAACCAAUCAGACUAUAUAGAUGAGAAUAAUCCAUUCAGCGAGAAUUUUCAGGAACGUGAGAGGAAGCAUCUUCAACAAGAGAAGCAGCGCCUUCAGAUGCAGCAGCAUAUGGAUGAGCAGCGCAUAAUGCAGCGGAUCGAGCAGGAAGGCCAGAAACAACCUGGUGAGCCUCCAAUACCUCCACAGAUGCCAUUCUUCAGUAAUUCUGGGCCUGGGGGACCCGGAGUACCUGGUGGUCCAGGAGGAGAUAGGUACCGCUUUUCACCCCCAGGAAGUGCCCCACCUCAAUUUUCUCCUAAUAGUCAGAGAUUCAGAUUUCCUGGUGACCCUCGACAACCAUAUCCAGGAGAUCCUAGACAACCAUAUCCUGCGGAUGCUAGGCAGCCAUACCCUGGAGAUCUUCGACAACCUUAUCCUGGAGAACCUCGGCCACAAUAUCCUGGAGAACCCCGGCAACCAUAUCCUGGAGAACCUCGACAACCGUAUCCUGGAGAACCUCGUCAACCAUUUCCUGGAGACCCAAGACAGAGACAACCCUUCCCAGGAGAGCAAAGACCACCAUAUCCAGGGGAACAGAGAGCAAGGUUUCCAGGGGAAAGGUUCCCAGCUUCCAGAUUUGUACAUGAAGCUGCACAGAGGUUUGCUGGAGACAUGGCCCAAAGAUUCCGCCUACCUGGUGGUAUAGGCGCCAACAGGGAGGGGGAGAUGUACAUUGGGGGUCAGGGUCCACAGGGCCCCAGAAUGCCUUACGGCAUGCAUAUGACACAAGGGUACCCUAAUCACCUGGCUCCAAAUUACCCUGCCGAUGCUAAAUACCCUCCCGACCCAGACUUGGAUGAAAAGCCUAUUCGCAAGAGCCGGAAACGCAGAACUAAGAAACAGGCCGCGGCAGCAUCCCCCAAUACGGCUAAUGCCCAGCAAAUGGCUGCCGCGUUAGGCCAAGAUGGAGGAAUGCCCCAAUCACCAGUGACUUCAGGAGUCCAUGGAAUGCCUCCAGGCCCUGGAAUGAUGCCUCCUGGAAUGGUACCUCCUGGGAGAAUCACCCCUCAGACUCCCACAUCACAACAAGGUAUCAUCGAAAAUAUCCUCCAAAAACUUGGAAGUGAUGAUGAUAUGGAUGGCCACAAAUUUGAAACACACAAGCAUGAGAAGGCUGAGAGCAAGUCAAAACCUAUGUCAUCAUCUGAGAAGUUAGAGGCAUCGAUCUCAGCUGUCGCCAGGGGGGAGGGUGAGAUAAAAUCGCCUGGCGCUAGGGAGGGUAGGUCGGCAUCGCACGAUAGUGGAAUCAUGCAGUCUCUUGUCGAAGCUGUCAGAGCCGAGAUCAAGCAAGAAAAAUCUGAUGAAAAAACAGCAUCAUAUGAUCCCAGCAUAACUGAAGAGCAACGUGUCAGUCAGAAUAUGCUGUUGAAAAAGUUGCUAGCCACCCCCAAACAGAAUGACCAGAAUAAUCUACCAGCUUCAAGUGGCUCUUCCGGAAGUCAGACAACCACCCCAUCAAGGAGAUUUAGUGAGGAGAUGGAGGAGAAUAUGAAGAAGUUGACACCUGAGCAACAAAGACAGUUAGCUAUGAUAGAAAGUAUGCCUCUCAUCAGGGAGACGGAGGUACCUGCCGAGGAGUGGGAGAAGAAAACAACUGAAGAAAAACAAAAGAUAUUGGAACUGAGGGAAGAAUAUGAAAAACGACGUCGUGAAUUUGAAGAGCGUCAACAACGAAUUAUCCAACAACAACCAGUGAAAGUAAAGAAGAAGAAAAAGAAGAAGGUGCAACCACCCCCUAUCCCAGCCACAUUACCCCCACCUGCCACAAAUACCCCUAGCCCAGCAGAUGGAGGCCCAGAUGCCAAGAAACUUAAAACAACAGACACUUUGGAUGAUAUCAUCGGAGCAGUUGCAUCAGGGGAGAUUAUACCUAGCUCUCCCACAUGGGAACAUAGCAGUCCAUCCUCUAUGCAAGAACUACAGGAUCUCCAGCCUGAACCUGAUGGCCCUGAGCCCGCCCCUGAUGCUGAAACUGUUAUACAGGCUAUUAUGACCAGACUGAAGGAGUACCCACUGAAGGUGGAGCUCAGAGAACCUGCUGUACACACAACACAGAACCCUUACCCACUCACAGGCAGUGGUAAAUUCACUGAACCCACUACUCUGCGGGGUCAGUAUGGAAAUGCUAGAAUAGAUCACAUCCCAGAUUUCUAUCACCACCAGCCAUUUGGUCCUGAGCCUCUCCUUCCCCCUGGUAUCAUCCAAAGGGGUUUGUUUGGAGACAUGAAUGGAGCCAGGCGGCGCUUCCUCAUGGAUGGCACCUCUUCUCCUGCACCAGGUCCUGAAUCAGAACAUCAACGAGGUGUGAUAGGUGAAGGCUCUAGUGGACCGCUGUCUUUACGUCAAGGUCUCCUACCUGAUAUGAGACAGCCUGUGUGCUACCCUAGUCCACCUCUAAUAGGCCCAAGGCCUGCCUCUGCAGCAAGGUCUGUCAACUCUCCAGACACAAUAAUCUCAUCAUCGUCUCCUGAGUGUGAAUUCAAGGGGGAGAAAGUGAAGUUCCCUGGACUCCAGGUCAUCAAACAAGAGGGAGAGGAACCAGAUACAAGACCUAUAUCUCCUCUAGUUCCCAUCAUUGCUCCAAUUCCAAUAAAAGCUGAACCCAUAAUUAAAGAAGAGAAUGAGAAAGAGCUGAGUUUGGAAAAAGAGAUCAAAAAGGAGAAACCAGAUGCAGGCUAUGAGGACUUCAUCAAGGAGAAAGAAAAUAUUGGCGCUCUGGUAACAGAUGGCUUGAAGUCUAAAGUGUCUGCACUCAGUAGCACAUUAAGCAAGCCCCUGCAAGAUGCAGGGAACCAGGUGUCUGUUACAUUGACUGUGUCAGAGCAUGCUGCAAAAGACAUUGGUAAUGUCAUAUCUGCCCUGGCUGACCUACUGAAGAUCUCUGUUCCCCCACAAUACCAGAUCUCUAGAAGCCCAUCCCCAGAACUCUUCAAAACAGGCUUUGUAAAACACAAAGAGGAAGCAAUAAACAUCCAGUCCCUCAUCAAGUCAAAGCCUAAGUUCUGUCGUCACUGUGAUGUGCUCUGUAUCGCUGGCGGAGGCAUCAAGAAAAAAGUAUCUGAAUUUCCGUUCCUCUCCAAAGAGGACCAGGAAAAUGAUGAGCUAACAUUCUGUAGCGUCAAUUGUUGUAUGCAGUUCUCUGUCACUCACAGGUCACAGAACGCAGACAAACAGAAGGAAAGUGGUGAUCUAGUUGAACAUAGAAGUAGCGAUGAACAAGAAAAGGAUCGCGAUGAUGAUCAUGAUAGUGACUAUAGACCACCAAAAGGUGUCACUAGUGAUAUUUCUAUAUCUCCCGUCUCCACGUCAACCAUUCCAUCUGCUGUCUCACCUUUGACCCCUGGAGUGACCUUGACCACAGUCCAGGCCACCCCAACUGAGCCAAAUAAGGUCCCACCUUUGAUCAUCAAAGUUGCGAAUAGGAGUAGAAGACGAAGCAGCAGUGUAGACUCUAUGAUGUCACAAUCAAAGGUUGUUACUAAGAAAUGGAAGGGUAAAAGAUAUAAAAGAUGGGACCCCAGUAUGGCAAGAUAUGAAAAACAAGUCCACCCACCAUCCAAAAAGGAGUUGCAUGAAUUGCUCAACAAUAUGGGGAUGAUCAUGCACAAUGACAACUUGCCAAAAGACACAAGGAAGUGUAUACUCUGCCUUGAAGAGGGUGAUCAACCCACCAAUGGACCAGCUAGGAUUCUUAACGUUGGUACAGAACAAUGGGUCCACCUUAACUGUUUGUUAUGGUCCUAUGAAGUGUAUGAGACCAUAAGUGGGGCAUUGAUGAAUGUGGAACAGGCACAUAAACACAGCCAGUCUGUGGAAUGUGCAGCCUGUAAGAGGAAGGGUGCUACAGUGGGCUGUUUCAAGAUGAGAUGCACAAAUAUGUAUCAUGUGGGCUGUGCACAGAAGGUCAACUGUACAUUUUUCAAGGAUAAGACAAUCCUGUGUCCUUUACAUGCCAGUAAACUGCACGCUGAUGAGGAACUGCCAAACCUCUCCGUCUUUAGACGUGUCUAUGUUAAUAGGGAUGAGGCCAAACAAGUAGCAGGUGCCUGUUUUAGCAUUUUACACCAGGAGGAGAAGAAAUAUGUGUGUAGGAUAGGCUCUCUGGUGUUCCACAGUGUUGGUCAACUACUGCCCAGUCACAUACAGUCAAAACGCUUCCAUACCAAGUAUUACAUAUACCCAGUGGGCUUUCACGUGACAAGAUUUUACUGGAGUUUCCGUGUUUUGUACAAACGUUGCUGCUAUGUAUGUAAAAUAGAUGACAAUGAUGGAAAGCCUGAAUUCAGUAUCAGAGUCAUAGAAAAAGGUCACCAAGACUACACAGUACGGGACUCAACGCCAAAAGGAGUAUGGUUGAAGUUAUUAGAACCAUUAGAAAAGUUACGCAAACAAGCAGACCUCGUGAAGCUAUUUCCAAACUAUACAUCUGGGGAGGAGAUGUUUGGACUGAAUGAACCAUCAAUACUCAGGGUCAUAGAAUCUCUUCCUGGUAUGGACCUAUUGAAGAAUUAUCAUUUCCGCUAUGGUCGUAACUUAACAGUGGACAUCCCACUUACAAUUAACCCCUCAGGCUGUGCUAGAUCAGAACCAAAGCUCAGGACACAUUUCAAAAGACCGUAUCUACAAAGUGCUGGCACAUCACGAUCAUUGACCACCAAUGUCACCCAGGUGACCGCAGGAGAUAUCAACUCGCCAUACAUGAAGCAGUUUGUUCAUUCCAAAUCCGCUCAAUAUCGCAAACUGAAGACAGAAUGGAGACAAAAUGUCUAUUUUGGUCGGUCAAGAAUACAGGGACUUGGUCUGUUUGCUGCUAGAGAUAUAGAGAAACACACCAUGGUCAUUGAAUAUAUUGGUGAACAAAUAAGAAAUGAGAUAGCUGAAAAGAGGGAGAAAUUCUAUGAAGAGCAGAAUCGUGGAGUGUACAUGUUCCGUAUGGACUCUGACACUGUGAAUGAUGCCACCAUGGCUGGUGGGCCCGCCCGUUAUGUCAACCACUCCUGCAACCCCAACUGUGUGGCAGAGGUGGUCCCCUUUGAGAAGGAGAGCAAGAUCAUCAUAAUUGCAUGCAGGAAGAUCUCUAGGGGAGAGGAGCUUUCUUAUGAUUACAAAUUUGACUACGAGGAUGCGUCGAAAAAGGUUGCUUGCUUGUGCGAGGCUCCGAAUUGCCGCAAAUGGAUGAAUUAACCUGCUGACCCCCCUAGGCCCCUACACACACACGCAUCAUAGGGCACCAAUCUAGCCGUAUUUAGGUUAAUCUCAUAGAACAUUGGAAGCUCACACCCUGGGCAGGGACCUUGUCCUUAAUACUAUUACAGUAAUGUAGAACACUAAACCCUGCACAGCUCAUCUCAAGACCCUCCAAACUCCUGGACCACCCAUAGACUUAUAGCUAAAUUGGUGCUCUGUAUACUGAAAACACAGGAUUAUGAAUAGAGACAUUGUGUAAGGAAUGAUAGGGACUAAUUUAGUACUGUUUUGUUUUGUAGUUAGUAUACGACUAUAAAUUUGACUUUGAAGAUGAUCAACACAAAAUCAAAUGUAUGUGUGGCGCACAAAACUGUCGUCAAUGGAUGAACUGAUUGUACUGGAUGAAAUCGUACAAUUUGGGAUGUUAUCGAUUGUACUGGAUGAAAUCGUACAAUUUGGGGAUGUUAUCGAUUGUACUG